AUGACUCGACAACUUGCAGCUCAUGUGAUGGUCACCCAUCGCGGGACCUUCGGCAUCAUCGAACAUGAAUGUGCAGCCCGGUUCUCGUCGAAUGAGCCGCGAAACCUGAGAACUGUUGUCAUUUUCCCGCACUGCUGCCCCGUGUCCGGGAGUUCGCGUCUGGAGCAGUCUUUCAGUUCAACAGACGCAGUUGGACCAGAUCCGAUAGACGACUACAGAUGCUUCUCGCCGUGGCACUAG